AUGGAUGUCUCGAAAGAGCAAAAGAGACCAGAUGACUGGCACUUAGUUGGUCACGUUUCUUCUUUCUCAGAUAUUGGUCAAGAUGAAAAGGGCUGCCGGGUUUUGUCUGGAUGCAAGACCCUCAGUAUUCCCAAGACAGAUGAUCCCGAGCAAUCGCGAGGGAAUCGGUUGUCGGACCUCAGUGACCAAGUGCUGGUGUUUAAGUAUAAGGGAUUUCUACACGCUAUUGAUAACGUCUGUCCGAAUCACAACCGACCCUUCUUUUCUCGGAAUCAAUGUCCCCAUUCUGCAUUUCCGUUAAAACAAGGCAACGUUUUUGAUAUUGAAGAUCUUGGCGCUGGCAUUAGAUGCUUCAGACAUGGCUGGAGGUUUGACCUUUUUACUGGAAAAGGAGACCGAGGCAGCCAUAAGCUUAAUUUAUGGGACAUUGAGUUGCGGGAUCCUCCAUUGCUUGAAACCGAGGAGACCCCUGGAAGUACAGACAAGGAAGUGUGGGUCCGGAGAUUGCCACAGACUUGA